AAUUAUAUGAGUGAUCUAAUUCUUCUUGUAACUAGAUCUAGUGGCAAUCUAGUUAGUAAAGUACUUAAAUGCAAGUAGAUCUAGUCAUUCUAGUGUCUACUCUAGAAAAUAUCUACUAGAAAUUUCUAGAUUUAUAUUGUACAUAUUUAUAGUAAAUAAAUAAAAACUAAUAUUAUAUAGAGUCAAGAUCAAAUCUAAUAUAAGACUAAUGGCCUAAUCUAAAAUUUAGUAAAUGGAUGUUUCAAAUCCAAGAAUACUCAACUCUUCUAAACUUAUAGACUCAAGAGAGUAGUCAGUAGUGUUAGUUCUAUUCUGAGUCUAGAUUCUAGAUUAACUCUACUACAGUCUACUAGCCUAGGCUCUAGAGAGCUAGAAUCUAGAUAGAUUAGAUAUAGAUCUAUACAUAAUUAAUAUGAGAAUAUAAUAUAUAUAUGAACUAUAAGUAGUGCCUCUUUUCUAUCUCUGCCCUCUGUGCAUUGUAUCAACUAAAUUGCUCUUUCAAUACAUGAAAUAGUUUUUUGUAUUUAAGCCAGAAGAUAUGAAGAAUUAAAAGUUCCCCUUUCAGAUCUCCGCGAUCUAUAGGGCAGAUGAUGUAAAGGUCAUCUGUUUCUGUGGCCCACGGUUGCUGAGGGUGUCAUGUGGCCAGCACAAUGACCAAUCGCCUUUACUUUUCCCUGACUAAUGUCAGUUCCCCGUUAGAGCCGGUCAGACGCAGAGGUUUCCAAAAAUCCCGAAAUUUAAAAAAAAUCAUGUCUUCACCAGGAUUCGAACCCGGGACCCCCAGUUCAGAAGCCAAGUGCUCUACCUCUUGGCCACAGUGCCUCCAUAUGAAGGAUUGAAUAAAAUUCCUUUGCUGUAAACAAUAGAGUGUUAGCAGAACAUUUUUACAAUUAAGGCCAAUGGCUUCCAGAUGGAAGACUCAACCCCGAACAGAAGAACAUGUCCUCUUUUCCUAAGCAUGUCUAUUGGAUUAUUUAUGAAUGAGAUAAGCAUAUAUAUAUUAUGACUUCCAACUAGAGCAACAACAAAAAAAAAAAAAGAAACACAAGAUGUUGAUAAUGUUAGAUUAAUCAGGAGGUUAUCUGUGUGCAUUCAAUAAAUCAUUAAAAAAAAAAGCUCAAUAGAAUUCUUUAUAUAAUAUUUCUUUUCUAGUGUAUUACAUAGCAUAGUGUGUGUGUAAGUUCUUUAAUUGUAUGGAAAAUCAAAGUUACUUAGGUGUAAAAAAAUGUAUAAUAAAUUGAUCUGUCAUUCUGCUAUUGCAUGCCAAAGACAGUGAAGAGUUGGUAUGUCCUUAUCAGUAUAACUAGCUAGUAUAGUGGCCUCUUAUGUAAAUUUUUUGAUCAAAUGCAGAUUAAAAUUGAACAAAGAAACAUGCAUUGAGACAAAAAGAAAAUUUGUGACAGUGGUUGAGAAAUAAAAGAUUGAGGUAUUGUGUGUGCAUGUAAAAGUACAUUAAACACCAGAACAAAUGGUCAUAUAUGUGACCUUCAGAAAGCUAGUACAUUCUGAAGCAGUAUAGAACAUUGAUCAUGACUGUUAGAAGUGAACAAAAUCCAUCUUGCAAGCCUUUAAACUUUGAAAAACAAAUGCUAGUUGAAGAGGAGAUAGAUGAUGAGGAUGAUGAUGGAGAUGAUGAGGAUAAUCACUUUAUUAUAUCCCUAGAGGAUAAUGGUGAAGAAGAAGGAUUACUCUGUGACCCAGAAGAUAUAGAUUAUGGAAAUGGUAAACUCACAAUAGACCUUUCACAAACAGAUGCAGAAAAACACUCUGCACAGACACCAGAUCAAUUAGUACUUGAAGAAGCAACACAUAUCUUGACAUUACCUUUGAGUAAUGCUGCUAAAGAAGCCCACUCUCGUUUAUUAUCAGACACCACCAUUCCAUACCAGUCUACAGGGUCAAGUUCUUCUAUACCAUGUCAAUCUGCAGUCACAGACUCUAGAAAUAAUAAUUAUCAUUGGUCAGACCCAGAAAUAAAGAGUUCCCUUAAUCACGAAGAAUCAUGCCAGGAAAACAAAAUCUCAAAACGCCUAGAUUUGAACGGUGUAGAGACUGUUCAUUUAGAUUCUGAAUCAGGUGGUAUUUGGUCAGAAGCUAUAUUUAUUUCUACCAGCAAAGGUGCUUUUGUAGAUAACUCUUCAAAUUGCAAUGGUGGAGAAAAUCAUGAUAGUGGCCUUCCGAAAGCUGGUACAGAAUUUCAAUCAGCAUUAUCUGUUGAACACAUUAGACAGCCAAUUUCUUCAGAGAAUGUACAAGUUUCAAAUUUAGCUUACCCCAAGUCAUCUGAAGCAGAGAUUUUGAAUUUUCAAAACAAUAGACCUGCUUCAUCUUCCACAGUCUUUUUACCAGUUCCCAAGUUGUCUGGUCCUUUUCCUAGACCUCUACAAUGCAGCUCACAACUUCAGAACACUGAGAAUAGUAAAUGUGACUCUUUGUCUUGUCAAGUUAACAAUUGCACUUGUAUAAUGUGUUAUCAAGGGCGGGGCAUUAAAGAUCCAGAUGUGUUGGUUGAUCAUUAUUAUGUGCAUAAGAACCCAAAGAGAAAAAGACCUGGAAGCACCUUGCACUAUAACAAAAAGCUGAAAUCUACCUCAAAUAAUGAAUUCACAAAUAUAUCAUCUGUUUUUACCAAUCAAAAUCAAGGUAGCAACAUAAAGUUAAACAAUAAUUUAAUUCUCAGAAGUCUCAUUAACGCACCACCGGUAACAUCUAUAAAUAGUUUAGUUACCAAUUAUCCAACACUUAUCACUAGGCCAGGGUCACCACCACCAAGUAGCUCUAACUCAUCUAGCAGCACCCCGAAGACCACCAGUAAAACCAUACAUUCUUCCAAAGUUUUCUUAUCACCUCAUGAGUUGCCGCUACAGAAAACUCUAUUUUAUCCCACAGUUGUGACAUCUGCAGUUGUUAGCAGCACAGUCUCUACCAUUGAAUUAAAUAGAAUGACCACAACGUCAGCUCCUAAUGUCACAUCAACAAUCAAGUCACCUGUUGCAUCAACCCAGUCUCAUUCAAAACCAUGGACAAUUUACUACAUUAAUUCAAACCAAGUCUUGUUACAAAAUACACAGACAGCUUCUGAUUGUAAACAAAUCUCAAAGUCUGAUAUGGCAGAGGGAAUUCAUGAAAAUUUCCACCAUUGUGUAGAAAGAAAUAUUUCAUGUUCUCAGACUAGCAUUGCUGCUCAGAAUACACCUUCACUCAGCCACAUUAAUUGUUCUCCACUAAAAACUAGUCCUUCUAUAGGGCUUAGACAAAUCUUAUCAGAUACUAAAUCAGUUGCUCCAGUAGGAGUGGGACACUUGGGGAAAACUAACUCUUCAAUGCCAACUAUUUUAACAGCACCACCCAAGGAAACAAUCUACACCAAAUCUCUACUAAAAAAUAAUGUUGUUUCAUCUAAAGGUACAGAAUAUUUGGCAGCAUCGAAUGAAGCACAGCCCUCUGUUAGUAAAUAUAUGCAUACAGAGAUUUCAUCACUUUCCAAUUUACAGACACCUGCCAACAGUAGUGAAAGUAGUCAACUUUUAAAUGCAAUCAUUCAACGUUUGGUGGAGCCUCAAAGUUCAUCAAAGCCUAGCCUUGUAAAAGAAAAUCCUUUGAUAACUCUUCCACCUGACACCAGCUUAAACUCACCAGCUAGUCAAAAUGUUGAAGAAAAAAGAAAACUUAUUUUAAAUAAUAACAUUAUUAAAACUAUUAUUAAUGGAUCACAGCACAAUGAAGUUGCUAAAGGUAAACAGGCAAUUAAUAGCAUUAUCACACAGCCUCCUGAAGAACAUAUUCCUAAAUCGUAUAUUCAAGAUUGGGUGAACAAAGCAAAAACUUUAACUUCAGCCAAUCUUACAUAUGGGAAAUAUCUGGAUCACAUUGACUAUCCAGAACAGCCAGUAGAUAAUAAUAAUUGUGGUGAUGAACAUUCAGAAGUAAAAUCACUUGAGAAUCAUAAAAAAUCAUACUGUGAAUCUCUACUUGUACCUGACAAUAGUGCAAUGACUCAACUUUCAAACACAGUUUUAAUAAAGGAGGAAAACAAUUCAAGUGACUUUAUUUCUUCUUCCAAAAUCCCAAAAGGUCAGCUCAUAACACCUGGCCAAUCUUCAGUUAUCAGCAAUUCCAGCACUAAUACAUCUAUAAGCAAUAAAAUGUCUGAAUUGAAAGACUAUUCUAACCAUUCUCAUUAUUCUAACUCCUCCUCUGUUCAUGAAGAGUCAAACACAGCUGAAAGAUGCCCAGAGAAACUGGUCAUUGACCUUGAUAGUCCUUCUGUAUUGAACUUCAAUGAUUGCUUUAAGAGUCACCAUGCAACUCAACAUACUAACAAAAACAAAAGUUCCUCAGCAUCAAAGAGAAAACAUUCUUCUACAGUUCUCUCUAGUUCAAAAGGUAUCAAACUAAAAAUAAAACUCUCUGAUCGUAAAUGCAAAGGAAAAGAUCCAAUAAUAAGUGAAGUAAGUGACACUGCUUCUAAAUUUUCUGCUGUGUGUGAUGAGAGUUCUUUGAAAGACAUUGGAUUGACUCUCAACAAGUCAGAACCUGCCUCAAAUGUGAGUAUAACAAAAGCUGAUGAAGAAAUUGUAGAAACAGCAGAAGAGAUGUUUCAGAGAACUCAGAAACAAGCGAUGCAAGAAGUACUAAAGGCCCAAAUGGGUGUUGGUCAUAUCAGUAGAAAUCUUCGCCCUUCAAAGCCUUCUGGCAGUUUCAUAGAUAAAUUUCCCUAUAUUUUUGCUUCUGGCCCAUCAAAAAAGAGAAAGGAUAAUGAUAAGCCGCCUACUACUGAGACUAUUAGUAUAAAUUCUGACUCUGCAACAAAUUUUUCUAUGGAGAAAGAAAAUAGUGAAAGGAUUAAAAAGAGACAUUUAUCAGAUGAGUCUGUGCUGCCAAAGCAACCAAAACUUUCAAAAAUAGAUUAUCCAAAACUUCAAGAAGACACAAGUUUUACUAAUAUGAAAAAGAUUUAUUGUACUAAUAUUUUAGCAGGGCACCAAGUUUUUGUUAAAUUUAACAUAUUUGAGAACACGUCAAGUGGGAGGUGUUUUCUGGUGCCUUUUUUCAAUCUUGGGGGGUCUAGAAAACAAUUUGACGUAGAGGAUGUUGAAUACAUAUCUAAAGCUGUCAUAGAGUAUGAAAAGAGUGAGAGAACAUGUGCGCGACAUUUGCUAUUUUAUUCUCGAGAAGGUAGCAAAGCCACAUUUCUCAGAAAAGAAACAAAUUUUUGUAGCACUAAUUUCUCAGAAAAGUGCUACAAGAAAAGUAGUUUUAUUUUAGAAGGAUAUAAGAGAACCAAUGCUAAGAAAACAGAGCCUGUUGUAGAGCAGUGGACUCCAGAUAAUAGUGUGGCCAUUGAAAUUGAUAGAGCUGAAGUAGAUGAGGAUAUAGAGAAACAUUUUGCAGAGAUGUUGACAAAUCAAAGUAAUAGCAUGUCAGAACUUGUAGACCCUGAGAUUUCUAACAAUAAAGUGAAUAUAAAAAGUGAUGAAGAAAACACUAAUAAAUUCUUAUCUCCAGAGAGGGGAUUACCAAUGAAUGCUAAACUAUUCAAAACUCCAACCAGCUCUUGCCCUAAUUCUGAGAAGAAAUCCAUCGUGGAUGAUCUACUUAUAAAAGUUACAGCAAUUGCAAGUCUAUCAGAUAGCAACUUUGAAGUAGAACUGCCUCCUGCCAGUGAACCUUGCACAGCACAGCCAAUCAUUUUGAAGAAACCUUUUGUUUCUGAAAAAAUAAAUCCAGUUUUGAAUAAAUCUAUAUCUCCUGUAAUAAAAGAGGAGCCACCAGAUGAUGGCUAUGAAACACGGUUAAAGUUCAUUGCUGAAGGGGCUGAAAGGAACAGUGUUAAUGAAUUAUGCCAAGUAACUAUUAAACAAGAGGUAGUGAAUGAUUAUUUCAAUGGUAGUGUCUGCAGCAAUGGAAUGUCUAGCUUGACAGCAUGCAAGGAUACAGGGAAAGAGACUGACAAUUCAAUAUCCCAAACUAUGCAAGAGUUUACAAAUGUGCAAAAAUCAACAAUUAAUGACAAUAACAGCAACAGUAAUGCAAAUAAUUUAAGCAAUGAUACUAGUAUAGUAAGCAGUGAUGUCAUAGUUUCUCAAGGCAAGCCUGCCGAGGAGAAAUGUUUGGAGGCUGAAGAACAACUUAGGAAGCCAGAUAAGGGUGAAGAUCAGGAAUCUGUACCUCCUUCAUCUUCAAGUGACAUACCAUCAUCAAGUGAUGAUGAUGACUUUGAUGAAAACUUUGAUAAUUUGACCUCUUCACCUGCCUUAGCUGGAGAUGAUGACAGCUCUUUGACUGCUCACAUAGAACCUCAAAAUUUAAAUCCUUUACAGAAGAAAAUUACUAGUUUAGUUCAAUCUUUAAAGCAGAGAUUAGCCCAAGAUACACCUAAGCUUCCAACAUGGCUUGUGAGUGAACAGUCUCAUGUUAUCACAGCAAAAAUCAGACAUAAAAAGCGAAAAGCUAGAAGAGCUGAACCUGUUUUAUCUGAUAAUAACAUUUUGUCUUCAGGUGAGCAACAAGACAAAGUUGUGUCUCCUGAUCAAAAUUCACAGAAACCUAAUUUGCCUUUCAUUUCCUCUCCACCAGAAUUAAGCCUUGCACUAAGUGCUCCACCAACCUCAACUCAACAAGUAGAGCCAUCGGGUACCACACAUCAACAAACUUCUGAUGAGGCCACAUCAUUUACUGGUAAUGUGCCUAAACCAAUUUCAAGUGGAGACAAGGAUAGGUUAAUGCUGAAACACACUCAGGAAGACAAUUUGGACAUUGAUAGCACAGAGGAAGAGAUAACAAAAUUAACAUCAGGUUUUCAGAAAAGCAGCAGUGACCAGCUCUUAUCCCAACACAGUCUAAACACUGCAAUUACUUUAUGUGUUAACAGCACAGAAACUGAACAGCUAUCUCUCAAUGAUUGUACUCAGUCUGUGAAAUCAGCAAGGUCAUCACCCAGUGAUUUUGAUGUAGAAGUGGGGACAGAAGAUUUCCCUUUAGAUGUUGAUGAUAAACCAGUCGGUCCCAGUAGUGCUCUUAAUUCUAAUUCUAAUAAACUUAUAUGGAAACACUUUAGCAAACCCUAUAGUAUUUUCUUGUCCAAAGAAAUUAAACUCCCAGAAUCCAAACCUAACAAGAUUACAGAGCUUAUCCAUAAUCAUGAUAUACCAGUCAACAAACCCCCCAAUAUUCCCAAGAAGCAGCAGAAUGACAGGAUGCAAAAGAAAAAUAAUAAUGUUAGUGAAUUCCAAGUUGUUUCAGAUAUACCUGUAAAGCCCUCUACACCUGAAGUAGUUGGAAAUGAAUCAGUUACUUCUUACUUAAGUAACAAAUUCUCUACUUCCAGCUCAAAAAUGAAAUGCCCUAGACUCCUAUGUGGUGCCAGUAAUAGGACAUGUGCCAAGCCAAAGAUAGAGACAGUACCCACCCCAACUGUUCCUGAGCCUAUUAGCACAGCAGAGCUGUCCAAGACACCCAGUCUAAGUGAAAUAUUUGGGAUUGCAAUUAAGAAGGAUUUCAUUUAUGAGAAAGUCAAAGCUAAUGCAGCCCUAAAUGCAACACAAGCACGCCAGGAUGAUUUAGCCAGUUCACAGGUAGCCAGAAAGAGAACUACCUCACAGACAUACAAAAAGAGAAUGCCUGCUCAGGUAGCUAAAAAGAGAACUAGUCUACAAAUACCUGUAGUAUCGGAAGUAAAAAAUAAAAUAAGUCUGCAUGCUUUACAGGUUGCUAAAAAGAGAACAACCAAGGGAACAAAACGGUUUAAAAGCCAGUCUAUACUAAACAAAACUUCUCAGGAAGAGCAUAUGAAUUUCGGUUCUAGAGAAAAUAGUGAUGAAAGGAAAAUGGAAUCCAGUAAAACUACACCACUGACAGAAAGUACAGGAAAGGCAGAAAAAGUCACUCAAGAGAAAUCAAAUUAUGUUCCACCUUGUACACGCCCAUGUUAUGUUCGUUUAGAACAAAUAGAUGUGAAUAGAGAAAUGUCCACAUUAAUUUUACACCCAGAGCAUAAGAAACCAAAGUCUGUUACAAUAAAACAAGAUACCAACACUAAAUCUACAACAGUUCAGCAUAUGACAAAUGCAACACGAAAAGCAGGAAGAAGGUGGAAAAAGAGAUCCAGAGCAGGUCAAAGAAGUGCCCCUCCUAAAAAAGAUAUUGUAGAUUAUUAUACUUACAUGAUUGAGUCAUUACAGAAAAAAGCUCAGCAAUUAGAAGAAGCUAGUCAAAAAGUAAGAGAGCAAAAAGAAAUGGAAGAGAAAAGUAAAAAAGAAAAAGAACUUGUUGAAGUUGAUAAAACAGAUCAUGAGAGAUUAGACAGAGCUGACAGAGCAUUGGAAUGCUUUGAUAAUGAUGUUAAUACUGUACAAGAUUUGGAAUUGUUAGAUGAAUCUCAUAAAGAUGAUCAGAUGAAUAAAAUGACUGAAAAGUUGUCAGACAAAACUGAUGUAGCUCAGGAAUGUGAAAAUACAUCAUCUGUUGAAAAUGUUGAUCUAAAAAGUGAAGCAAGUAAUGCCAUCUUAUGUAACAUAGCUGUUGCAGACAAAUUAUCAGAAGAUGAAAUGAUGACUAAUAAAUUGUUAGAAACUCCAGACCAGAGUACUUCUUUGGUGUUGAGCCCAAUUGAUCCAACAUUUGGCAAGAAAGAUGUUGUUUUGUGUAGUCUUGAUGAAGACCUGAUCAAAUUGAGUGCUGAGAAGCAGAGGUUGGCAUCUGAGGAAGAUCUUCUUCUGGCACCAACCAUUGAGUUUGAUGAUGAUGAUGACAUGAGCUCUAUGAUGCAAGUGGAUGUUGAGAAACUUUUGGGCUUAGAAACAGACAUGUCUGACAAUGAUUUUAUUUUAGACUCUGUUCAGGAAAGAGAAAUUAGUCUGCCAAGUACUAACUCUAGCCUUAUUUCAAAUACAGAUAACUCACAAUUUUGUGAUAAAACAUUGCCCUGCACUGAUGACUUACCAAAAGAUAGUUCACCAAAGAUUUCUCAUGCUCUUCCUCUUUGGAAAAACAUUCCAGAACCAGAAUCAAAAAGCAACCUGGAGAAAAAUUCAAAAUCAGCAUUGGAACAGCCCCAUGAUUUGAUCUCAUCUAGCUGUAUCAAAAAUUUGAAAUUCAAAUUAAAACGCCCUGCAGCUGAGCUCAUAAAGUCCAUUAAAUUGUCUCAAGAAGUAACCAAAGCAUUUGGAGAAACACCAUCUGAAGGAAAUUCGCCAACUGAAAACAAACACGAUGUUGAUAAGCUAUUCAGCGGUAAAGACCAACAAGAGAGUCUUGCCAGUACAGCUCAACCUUUAAGUCCACAAGGCUCUGAAAAGCUAAACCAAGACUUAACCAAACAACCACCUAUUCCUAAACUGAAAGUGAAAUUAGGCAAAGAAACAUUAGAUGCUAUUGAGAAGGCCAAAGCAAUGUUUAAUUUGAACAAGAAAGAAGGCAAACAUUUUAAAGCUGGGCCUAAACUUGAUUCAGAGAAAUUGAAUAAGGAAAUAGCAGAAGAUUCUAGGUUCUAUCUUCGUGAUUCCAAGGGAAAUCACUUGGUUUCAACUCUGUUGUCCCCAUCAUCUCCUGAAAGUAGUCAUGACAGAAAUCAUUUGUUGAAGAGUAAUUCAGAUCAGAAUCUGUUUAAAGCGACUGAAAUGCCAGAGUCAUGUUUCUCUGAACAUAAAGAAAAAUCUAAAAAAGAAGGCAUAUUUUAUAAUGUGAAACAUUUUGCUGAUACUGAACCAAAUGAUACUCAUCUCCCAACUGACACUGAUAAAGAUAAAGCAGCCUCAAGCACAAGCAUCCAACCUGCUAAAUGCAAUGUGAAUAUUGAUCUAGUCAAGUUAAAGUUGAGACUUAACCCAAUUUUGACUAAGAAAAGAGGUGAGUCUGCUGAAUUAGCUGCUCAGAAUGAAAAAUCUGUUACAAACCAACUAUCUCCAAUGACUGAAGAAAAAAAUGAUACCAGUACUAAAACUAUUCUCGCCACUACCUCAAAACCAUUACCAGCUCUCAACACUGCCAAAUUGUGCAAUAUUUUGAAAAAUGUCUGCCAACAAACUAAUGCCAAGAAAGGAUUACAGCGCAGCCCUAAAAGAAAUAGGAGUCCUUCUAAGAUGGCAGCAAAGAAUAUAAUCAGUUAUGGCAUUGAAGGUGGCCGAGCUCUAAGAACAAGAAGUCAACAGCUUACAGAAUCACCAAAAAAUGUCAAAGUAACCACUCCAGUUGAAAGGAUGAAUGUAUGUUCAGAGCCAUCCAAAUUGACUCUAGAGAAGGAAGAUAUCAAAGAAAGAUCUUUUUUUGACUGUUUACAAAAUGUUCAAGAUGUAAAUCAGAUUGUUUGGGAAAAGAAAAAAUAAAGUCAAGAAGAGUUAAGAACAUUUACACCAAUAUUCCCUAUUUAAAAA